AUGCCCUCCGGUGUUCUGUUCGUGGUGUGUAUCCCUUCCAGCAACUACGAACAUGUUUUGAAGUUUGGAAAACCGAAAGACCUCAUUCCGAUAGACGAGCCGACGUCGUUCAAGCAAUGUCGACUGGAAGUUGAACUAAGGAGUAAGAAAUGUAAAAGUAUACCGAUACAUUUAACUCAAAACUAUUACAAUGAUGGAUUGAAAAAAUCGCUGGAGAAUAAAAAAGAAAAUUACGAGUUCAUCACAAUGGAAAGUAUCAUGCAAGAACUGUUAAGAAAAUUUCAUGUGGAACACGUGGUUUGGACCAGUGACAAGAUGGGGAAUUACUUCCAAGUAACUUUUCCUCUGCCGACGGGAGAUAUAUGCGAAACAAUGCUGCACUGUCUCACACAAUUGGGUAUAGGGGUGCGAUGCAAAUCCAUAGUCAAUGUUCUCCCUUGUAACGUUGUACAUUCCGCUAUCGAAGAAGAAGAAUUAGAGGACGAAGCUCUACUACGUAAAAACGAAGAGGCGAACCGAUGGCGCAGCUUCGUAGACUCCAUUCGCUCCAAAUUGACCGUGAAGCAAGUUGUCGAUGGCGUACGAGGCGGCGGCGAGUUGUCCUUCGACUACCUGACUUUAAUUAUCACAGCAGAUUCCUUGGCUGCCCUCGGCCUUGUUGAAAACAACGCCUCCAACAUAGUAGCGGCGAUGUUGGUUUCACCGCUAAUGGGCCCAGUGAUGUCUAUCACUUUCGGAACGAUCAUAGCUGACAGAGGCCUCGUCAGAAGCGGCUUCGAAAGUUUGAUAUUGGGAAUGCUAGCCUCUUUACUCUUCGGUUUCAUAUUCGGCCUGAUUCUUGGCACUACUGAAAUGCCCUGGGGCUUUGGAGAUUGGCCCACUGAGGAAAUGAAAUCGCGUGGAAAUGUGAGAUCUCUGUGGAUGGGUGUCUUAUGGGCCUUGACAUCAGGCACAGGGGUCGCUUUAGCCCUGCUUCAAGGCAGCGCUGGGCCAUUGAUUGGCAUUGCGAUCUCUGCCUCGCUACUACCCCCCGUGGUCAACUGCGGCUUGUUUUGGGCGUUAGCGUGUAUAUGGCUGCUGUACCCCGGCACGAAGAUACCUCACAUAAAGGGAGAGCCGUAUUUUGGAAAUUCGUCGUACGAACCCCUAUAUCACUCAUAUAUUCCAAUAGAAUUUGCCGUCAACGGAAUAGUGAGCUGUUGUCUCACAAUCGUAAACGUCAUAUGCAUAUUCAUAACUGCAAUCAUGUUCCUGAAGAUAAAGGAGGUGGCAGCUCCGUACACAUCCACACCAGACUUGAGACGGUUCUGGGAGCAAGACAUUAAAGUAGCACGAGACGCGAAUAGAGCUAACCUACAACGAGCGGAAGAUGAAGAGCGAGCUGAGUUGGUCCUUGAAGAUCUCAAUGACACUACAGACGCCGAAGUAAAACAAAAACUAGAGGCAGCAGUGAAAGAAGCCUUGGACGAUGACACUUAUAGAAAAGUCAAACGGAUGAGUUAUCAAAGCCAUACUGCUGACGAGGUUAUACGUACAAUCGGUUUGCACGCCCACUCGUCAAUCUCUCAGCGCUCCAGCAUUAUAAAAUCUGGCAUGAGCACACCAUUGCAAACAAUUCAAGAGGCUGGUAAUAUAAAUGACAUAGAAACAUUAGAUAAAUUGCUUACAUCACUACUUGGUCUAAGAGAGAACCGAGGGAGGUCGUUCCGUUCUCACCGCAAUACACCAACCGUAAGCAGAGUAUCGUCAUUUCUCGGUAAACCGAAAAACGCGAGAAAUUCAGAAUCAUGGCCGGAAAGGUUGUUUCAGGAUAACAUUGUCCGCAGUGUUCUCAACAAUCUAAACUCCAAGCAAAACUCUCCAGUAGAGGAACCUUUUCUUACUCCUAAA